AUGGUCAACAACGCUACGAUCAAAAGCAACCUCACGACGUUCAUGCGUCCGUUCAAGGGGGUCCUCUUCCCUGACACGAUGCCGACGGGCUACGAGAGCCUCGCUGGCCAGGAAGUGUUGCCCAAGGGCUUCCUCGGUCACUAUCUCUCGGUCAACAAGCGCUUUGUGGUUGUCACGGCUAUCAAGCGCUUCAACGGCGUCACGAAGGACAACAACUCGUCCUGGCGCGAGUCGGCCGAGCGUACGCGCUAUGUCUCUCACGCCGGGGGCUCGAAGUUGCCCGCCCACCUCAAGGAGUUUGACAAGCAGGGCAAUGCCAAGGUCCUCCAGGACGGCGACAAGGAGUUCAUGGCGAUCUGCCUCGACCUCGUCAUCAACAAGAUUGGCUUCAUGUCCUUCCAGGAACUCAAGGACCACUCGCACGCUCAGCUCGACUACGGCACCGGACUCGGCGGAAAGGCCACCAUCAUUGUCGGGCUCUUGGCGUACUACUUGAAGAAGAAGAACACUACGGUCGUGAUGUGCUACUUCCUCGGCUCGUCCACGAUCGAAGACAUCAAGACCAUCGACAUCCCGACGAGGACUUACUCGUUCGACCCGGAGAACGAGCAGACUGAUGUCUCUCAGCUCAUGUGGAAGAUCGGCCAGGAACUCGGCUACGGCGAGAAGACGAUGAGCAAGAUCACCGACCGCCUCUCCAAGACGAUGUUCCAGGUCGCCGACCCGACCGCCAUCGACGAGAAGGCCGCCGACCUCAUGCGUCGCCUCUGGAAAGCCCUCGCCCUCGAUCGCCGCGCGACGAUCCUCCUUCAGCACCUUCCGCUCCGCAUCAAGGCAGCCGUCGACUUGAGGAAUGGCAACGCGUACAAGGCCCGCCUCGAGUCUGGCUAUGGAAAGCGCUUCGAGACCAAGGAAUACCUCGCCGUCCUCAACUACGCCAUCAAGUCCUACAAGGACGACGAGGACUUCUGCUUCCGCGACGCCAUGCUCGCCGUCUGCUGGACGAGCAACUACAAGCGCACCACCGGGCAGGUCUUCCAGCUCGUCUCGAGCCGCGCCUACAUGAUCGUCGACGCUCUGCUCGAGGCUGAAGUCGAGCCGACUCACAUCUACCGCCCCUCGCGCCUCGUCAACCUCGGUUACGUCCAAGACACUUCCGUCGUCGGCGGAUGGCGCUACGCCAGCGACGAGAGCAAGACCGAGGUUGAAGAGCACGAGGCCAUGCAGAUUCAGGCCGACCUCGAGCAGAACGUCCAGCUCAACGAGACCUUCGAGUUCUAG